UGUAACCUCUCGCAUCGAUGUUUUUAUACAAAGGUUGACCCAAGCGCUAGAAUCUCUUGACCUUCAUCCCCCAACCAUCACGCUUAAACAACACACACACACUCUCCACGCUCCUCAUUCAGCUUUAUCCCAGGUCGGCUCUUACAGCCAGCCAACCAACCAACCCAAGAACAAUGCCCGACGAGAUUCCCAUUCCCGACAACGACCAAGCUCCCCCAGAGCCAGAAACACAAACAGCCAAGUCAUCACCAUCACCGUCUUACGCUAUCCCAGAGGGCGAGUUUUGCGUUUUCGGAAAAGUCUACGCCCGCCCCCAACACGCCUCCGCCCUUGCCCGCGUCUACGAAGAAACCACCCGUCUCGCUGCUUCCGAGCCAGGCAUGAUUUAUUACUCUAUUUCUCAGGAACCAGAAGCAGAAGACACCACCACUGACGACGCGGGAAGAGGAGAAGGAGGAGGAGGAGGGGAGAAGAAGAGGUCAAGGGUCUUUUACUUUUUUGAGCAGUACACGGGAAGGGAAGCGUUUGAGGCGCAUAAUCGGCAGCCGAUUAUUAGGAAGUUGUUGGAUGAGGACAAGUAUAUUGAGACGGUGGAGGAUGUGGUUUUUACGAAGCCGCUGAAGGGUGUUGGGUCUGUUGGGCCUGCUGGGAAGUGAGUGGGGGAGGGGGAGUGGAAAUGAAGUGAACAACCAUCUACAGUGUGAUGUGUUGGGAAAAUACCAAGAUAAGGUACUUAAAGAGCUGACGGGAAGUGUGGCCGUGGCGAGUGUUAAGAGGAGGAGGAGAGUUGAUGAUGAUGAAACUUUACGCAAGAGAUUAGGUCUCUAGCUCCUUCCUCACAUUUGUGUGAGUGUACGAAUCCCGCCCCUCUCUUGCCAACAUGAGCGUUUCUUGAUUGGCAUCAUUGCACUCGAGGUUGAGGAUUUCGGGUACAGUACCAUGGAAGCACUGGCUCUUUAUGUGCAUCACAUGUGAAGGCCAACACUCAGGUUUCGUCGGCAAACGCCUUCAAUGACCACAGCGGUGGUAAGGUUCUCAAAUUCUGGGAAUGCUUGAUGACCAGCAUGUACACUAGUAUCAUGGAAAUGAAAUCACGAUAAGGUACC